GCCCAUGUCCUACUGGACUGUGGAGAUGACAACAUCUGCAAGCCAGACCUCAAGCUGUCUGUAGUGAGUGACCAGAAGGAGAUCUACAUAGGAGAUGAUAACCCCUUGACCCUGGAGGUGACAGCGGAGAACAGAGGAGAGGGGGCGUACGAGGCAGAGCUACAUGUCUUCCUUCCUCCCCAGGCUGACUUCACUGGGGUCGUACGCAACAGUGAGACUCUGUCUAGAUUGUCCUGUGCCUACAAGACAGAGAACCAGACCAGGGUGGUGGUGUGUGACCUGGGGAACCCCAUGAAAGGUGGAACUAAGGUGCUGGCCGGACUCCGCUUCAGUGUUCAUCAGCUCUCAGAGCAGGACACGUUUGUCAAGUUUGACCUGCAGAUACAGAGUUCCAACCAGUUCAACAGCAGCAGCAGUCUGGUCUCCAGCAUCACACAGCUGGCUGUUCUUUCCAAUGUUGAUAUCAGAGGGGUGGCUGUUCCUGACCAGGUCUUCCUGCCCAUCGCUAACUGGAAGCUCAAAGAGAACCCUGUCGUAGGAGAUGACAUCGGUCCACAAAUACAGCACAUCUAUGAGUUGCGUAACAGAGGUCCCAGUACCUUCAGCAAGGCCAUGCUGGACAUCGAGUGGCCCUACAGGUUCAACAACGGCUCUCUGCUCUACAUCACUAAACUAGAGGUGGACGGAGGCAUGAACUGCAGUACAGACAUGGAGAUCAACCCACUCAAUGUCUCAAAUCCUCUGUCAGGAGAGACAAAUGAUUCAGCUUCCACCAGUGGAGACAACACAGAGGGCAGGAACAGGAACCAUGUUCACCGCAGAGAGCUGGCGAGGAAAGAGAUGGAGGGAGACCUGGAAACUCUGGACUGUUCGAAGGCCCAGUGCCUGAAGAUCCGGUGUCAGGUGGGCCGUCUGGAGAGAGGUCAGAGUACAACCUUGUACAUCUACUCCAGACUGGGAGUGGCCACCUUCCUCAAGACUGAGAUCCAGAACCGAUCGUUCACCGUGAGAUCCUCCGCUUCCUUCAGCGUCAUAGAGAUGCCUUAUAACAAGAACCUGGUGUCUGAGCUGCCCUCCAACGCUAUUACGGUCAGUAUGUCAGUGAUCUGGGUGAAAUCUGAUCCUGAACCUGUCCCUGGGUGGGUGGUGGCCCUGGCUGUGCUGGCAGGACUGCUGCUGCUGGCUCUCCUGAUCUUCAUCAUGUAUAAGCUGGGUUUCUUCAAGCGUGUACGCCCCCCUCAGGAGGACAACACGGAGAAGGAACAGCUGGCACCGCAGGAGAAUGGCGACAGGAACAAUGAAGCCUGAGACCUCCAGCAACCCCCUGGAGGUCUCCAGACUUCAAUGCAACACCAGGACCAUCAUCUACACAGUAUCUCACGAGUAGAACAUUUUGCAAAUCACACAACAACAAAAAAAAGAGUCCCAUCUAGCCAGCAGAUAUUUAGGAGACCUCAUGCGCUGUCCUAACCAGUUAACAGUUACCAGUUGGUGUCUUGAUAAUAGAAAAAGGCAGCUUAGCCUGUGGUUCCUGCACCAUAGACAGGUUUCUGCACCAUAGACAGGUUCCUGCACCAUAGACAGGUUUCUGCACCAUAGACAGGUUCCUG